AUGGGAUCCAGGGCACAAGAGGCGGCCUGCUGGACAAGCUUCCAGACCGUUCUCCCCUGCUGCGAGCGGCUCUUCAUCCUUCGGAAUGCCACCCUCCUCCCGGAAGCCUGCGCUGCCUACCCCGCCGGCCUCGCGCCGACCGAGGUCCCUUCGCCCCGCGGCAUGGCGGAUAGGCACCCUCCCGCCCCGCUGCCGCCCCCAAGCAUCCCUGGCCCGCGGCCCAGCAGCAUCUCUGCACCCUCUGAGGCCGAGCCCCCGAGCUCCCGGAAGUUGCAGUCCUCAGCCUCCACCUUCCUCUCUCCAGCUUUUCCAGGCUCCCAGACCCAAUCGGAGCCUGAGCUCGGCCCCGUCCCAAGCCCUGCUUCCCUCCAGCCACCACUACCAUCUCCAGCCCCUUCUUCUACCAAGCCAAGGCCAGAGAGCCCAGUGUCCCUCCUGCAGGGGGCCCACCCCUCUCCGUUGUGCUGGCCCCUCUGUGAGAUUUCCCAGGGCACCCACAACUUCUCAGACGAUCUCAAGAUCGGGGAGGGCGGCUUUGGGUGCGUGUACCGGGCAGUGAUGAGGAACACGGUGUACGCUGUGAAGAGGCUGAAGGAGGACGCUGACCUAGAGUGGACUUCGGUGAAGCAGAGCUUCCUCACCGAGGUGGAGCAGCUGUCGAGGUUUCGUCACCCAAACAUUGUGGACUUUUCUGGCUACUGUGCUCAGAGUGGCUUCUACUGCCUUGUCUACGGCUUUCUGCCGAACGGCUCCCUGGAAGACCGUCUUCACUUCCAGACCCAGGGCUGUCCCCCUCUCUCCUGGCCUCAGCGACUGGACAUCCUUCUGGGCACAGCCCGGGCACUUCAGUUUUUACACCAGAACAGCCCCAGCCUCAUCCACGGAGACAUCAAGAGUUCCAAUGUCCUUCUAGAUGAGAGACUGAUGCCCAAAUUGGGAGACUUUGGCCUGGCCCGUUUCAGCCGCUUUGCCGGGGCCAACCCCAGCCAGAGCAGUGCCGUGGCCCGGACACGGACUGUGCGGGGCACCCUGGCCUACCUGCCCGAGGAGUACAUCAAGACGGGGAGGCUGGCUGUGGACACUGAUACCUUCAGCUUUGGGGUGGUAGUGCUGGAGACCCUGACUGGCCAGAGGGCUGUGAGGACGCAUGGUGCCAGGACCAAGUAUCUGAAAGACCUGGUUGAAGAGGAAGCUGAGGAGGCCGGGGUGGUCCUGAAAAGCACCCAGACCACACUUCAAGCGGGUCUGGCCGCAGAUGCCUGGGCUGCUCCCAUUGCUACCCAGAUCUACAAGAAGCACCUGGACCCCAGGCCCGGGCCGUGCCCACCUGAGUUGGGCCUGGCCCUGGGUCGGCUGGCUUGCUGCUGCCUGCACCGCCGGGCCAAGAGGAGACCCGCCAUGACUCAGGUGUACGAGAGGCUGGAGGAGCUGCAGGCAGCAGCGGCAAGGCCACCCUGGGAGCUAGAAGCCGCCAGCCGCAGCCCCCCUUCCCCACAAGAGAACUCCUAUGUGUCCACCAUCGGCAGUGCCCAGAGCGGGGGUGUCCCAUGGCAGCCCCUGGCAGUGCUCCCAGGAGCCGCGGCCCAGGCUGCAGAACCGCUCCCAAGAGGCCCCAACCAGCCCGUGGAGAGUGAUGAGAGCGUGUCCAGCCUCUCUGCUGCCCUGCACUCCUGGCACUUGACCCCAAGCUGCCCCCCAGGCCUGGCACCCCUCAGGGAGGCUGGCUGUCCUCAAGGGGGUACCACUGGAGAGUCGAGCUGGGGCAGUGGCCCAGGGCUCCGGCCCACAGCCAUGGAAGGAACGCCCCUGGGCAGCUCCGUGUCAUCAUCGUCAGCGCCACCACAGAUUGUCAUCAACCCAGCCCGACAGAAGAUGGUGCAGAAGCUGGCCCUGUAUGAGGAUGGGAUCCUGGACAGCCUGCAGCUGCUAUCGUCAAGCUCCCUCCCAGGCUUGGACCUGGAACGCAAAGACAGGCAGGGGCCCGAAGAGAGUGAUGAAUUUCAGAGCUGAUUUGUUCACAUGGGCAGAUUCCCCAAACCUGGAAGUCAAAGUUCUCAUGGUCACAAGUUCUCAUGGUGCGCGAACCCUUGGCAGCCCACAGGCAGCGGGGGUGAGGCCCCGACCUCAAAAGGGAGAAAAGGUGGUGGCCCCUGCUGCUGUAGGGGCAUGGGCACAGGCAGGGCUCAGGGCCAGCUGGGCAGGCUGCUGAAAGCCACUGAUAGGACAAGACACCUCAGAGGCCUGCCUGCAGUCCAGCGUCUAGCGGGUGGGGUGGUGCAUGUGGGAAAGCUGCUGGCUGCACAGGCCGGACAGGAGAGGCCAGUGUGGCUGCUGGUGCAAUGGGGUGGAGCAGGGAGCCAGGCAGGGCAUCUGCAGCCCAGGCCUGCAGCAGCAGCCCUUAGCCCAUCUCUGGACUUUCCUGAAGCCCUGAGGGAAAGCAGCCACUCUGAACAACAGAGCAGAUGAGGCCCAGGCCCUCCACUUGCUUAUAAUUUGGAAAAGAGAAGUAUGGCUGUCCUAUGGUUCAGUCCACUAGUAAGAAGCAAAAGUUCUGAGAUCCCCCAGAGUCCAGCAGCACCCCCCUCGGGCCAGUGUCUGCAGGCCUCACUGGGAGACCAGUGAGCUAGCCUACUGUGACUGUGACUGCCUGCCAGCCAGGCCACCCCUAGGCGCUACCGAUGGCCUCCAAGCCAAAUCAGGCUCCAGAGGCCACAGGCUCAGGCCCAGGCACUGACUGUGGCAGAGGGACCACUACUCAAGGUCCAGCUAGGCCCAAGCCUUGAGUUACCCAGACGGUGAGAAGCCCCAAGAAGGAAGGAAGUUGGGAGCAAGGCAAAGAGGGAAGGGGAACCUUUUCAGGAAAAAAAAAAAGUGACUUCGUUUUUUAGAAGCAAGUCAGGUUUUGUGUAACCGAGCGCCCUCUUGAGCAUCUUUGGAAGUAGCCCAGGGCUGUAGCACAGGCUUCCAAUGAGUCUGUGUUCACAAUCAUUAGUCACACUACAUGCCCCAUGAAGCUAGAUGUUGGUGAGUCCAAGUUAUCCUUGAGUAAUAAAAAUUGACGUUUUGAUCUGUG